AUGGCCUUCAAUGACCUCCUGCAGCAAUUGGGAGGCUUUGGCCGCUUCCAGCAGAUCCAGGUCACUCUGAUAGUCCUCCCCAUGCUUCUGAUGUCUUCCCAAAUCACCCUACAGAACUUCACAGCCGCCGUUCCCACCCACCAUGGCUUCCCGCCUGCAGACGCCAGCCUCAGCAAGGAUGGGGAGCUGGAGGCCUGGCUGCUCCGAGACAGGCAAGGGAGGCCUGAGUCCGGCCUCCGCUUCACCUCUCCACCAUGGGGACCGCCCCUUCCCAACGGCACAGACGCCAACGGCACGAGGGCCACAGAGCCCUGCGCCAGUGGCUGGAUCUACGACAACAGCUCCUUCCCUUCCACCAUCGUGACCGAGUGGGACCUCGUGUGCACACACAAGAACUUGCUCCAGUUGAGUCAAUAUUUCGUGGCAGGAAUGGUGGUCAGAAGCUUGAUAUUUGAGACCUUGACGCACAGGCUGGGCUGCUGGAAGCUGCUGAUCUGGUCCUACCUGCAGUUAGCGGUGUCAGGGACCUGCACUGCCUUCACACCCAACUUCCCAUCCUACCGUGCUUGCUGCUCCCUCUCAAGCAUGGCUAUUAGUCACCUCAACGGCAACUCCCUGACACUGAGCAUGGAGUGGCUGCUCAUCCAUUCCCGGCCAUGUCUGGGCCUCUUUGGAUUAAUCUUCAGCGUUGGCCAGUUAUUCCUGGCUGGCACGGCUUUUCCUGUGCCCCACUGGCGCCACCUGCAGCUGUUGGUCUCUCUGCCCUUCUUUGUCUUCAUCUCCUCCAGGUUCUUUGCUGAGUCUGCCCUCUGGUACCUCUCUUCGAGGAGGCUGGACUUCACCCUAAAGGCCCUCCAGAGAGUGGCCCAGAUCAAUGGGAAGCAGGAAGAGGGAGCCAAGCUGAGUAUGGAGUUGCUCCAGAUGAGUCUGCAGAAGAACCUGACCGUGGGCCUGGCCCGGGCUUCAAUGUUACAGAUGCUGCGCUUCCCUGCUGUUCACCGCCUCUUCCUGUGCCUCAUGCCACUGUGGUCCGCACUCUUGUUCAGCUUCUAUGGUUUAGUCAUGAGUCUGUAAAGUUUCGGAAUCGACAUCUACCUGAUGCAGGUGCUCUUCACCAUCGUAGACCCCUUAUUUUAUUUCCCAGGCUUUCUGCUCAUCAGAUCACUGGGCCGCAGGCUCACCCAGAUGGCCUCCUUGCUGCUCUCAGGAAUCUGCAUUCUGGCCUGUACAAUGGUACCCUUGGACCAAUCAUUCCUUCACAUCACGAUGGCCAUGUUAGGAAAAGGCUGCCUGACUAGCUCUUUGAAUUUCAUCCUUCCAUAUACAGGGGAGCUAUAUCCCACAGUAAUGCGGCAGAGGGGUGUGAGCCUGACAGCAACCGUGGCCCACACAGGCAGUAUGAUAACCCCGCUGGUGGGCCUAGCCACUGAGUUCUCCCCGUCCCUGCCUCUCUUCAUCUAUGGAGCAGAGCCUGUGGCUGCCCGCACCUUCACUGUCUUCCUGCCAGAGACCCUGGGCCAGCCACUGCCAAUUCAGGACCUGGAGAGAAGGGGGAAAAAGAAAUUGGAACAGAAGCAGCAGGAGCAGCAGAUGGUCCCACUCCAGCCCUCCUGA